UGGGAGGAGUAGUCUUCACUGGCCGCAGCCUUAGGCGGGAGCCGCAAUGAGAUUUCCGGGUGUCGCGAUACCCUGGAGGUUGCUGCGAUACACUGUGUGUUCUCUGGCAGGUCGUUCAUGGCUGCGCGGGAGCGCGGGAGAACUUUAAAAGGGAACAAAUAUGGCCAGUAGUCACAGACCUCCAAUAGCUCGUCCUUCUUCAAGGGCAGGGAUAGGACUGUCCACAAGGCCUCCCUCUUCAUCAAGGACUCCAUCAACAACCAGAAUAGGAACAGGGAUGCCUCCUAGCACAUCAAGACCGGGUUCUCGUGGUGGCUCUUCAGCUACUGGAGGAGUUUUAUCAUCUCAGAUUAAAGUUACAGACCGUCCAGUGACUCAACAGGGAUUAAGUGGAAUGAAAACUGCAAUGAAAGGCCCUCAGAGACAGAUAAUGGAUAAAACAUAUUACCUUGGGCUGUUGAGAAGCAAAACAAAUGAACUCACAACAGAAAUUAACAAGCUGCAGGAAGAAGUAGAAAUGUACAAGCAAGAGAAAUCUGUCUAUUUGUCAUAUGAAAAAAGGGCAGAGGCUUUAGCUGGUGAGAUCAAGGAAUUUCAAGGUCAGCUAGCAGACUACAACAUGGUUGUGGAUAUACUUAACACCAAUACAGACAUAUCAGAAGUUAUUCGAGAUUACAAUAUGUUAAAAGUUCAGAAUGACCGAGACGCUCAGAGUGUGGAUAAAAUUUUCACAGAAAGACAAGCCACAGAAAAGCUAAUUCAAGGUGUGGAGGAAGAUAUCGAACAUGAAAAGGUUGUAGCAGAUGACAUGAUAAAAGAUAUGUCAGAGGCAGAUCAAGCUAAAUACAUGGAGAUGAAGGCUGCAAAUGAAAAACUCUCCCAGGAACUGGUUGUUCAACAGCAGGAACUGGAUGCAUUAAAUGCAAAGGAGGAGGCUCUAAGAGCUGAAAUAGCACACUCCCAGGUGAAACAGGAGGCUGUGCAGCUGUAUGAAAAGCUCCAUAAGCUUGAGGAACAUCGAGAUCAGAUGAUUGCUGAGGAUAAGAACAUGGAAUCUCCACAGGAGGAAAGAGAGAGAUUACUAAAACAGGUUAAGGAUGAUAGUCAAGAAAUAGCAAGCAUGGAAAGACAGCUGACAGAAGUAAAAGAAAAAACAAACCAUUUUAAAAAGAUUAUUCAACAACUUGACAUGGAUCUGGAGAAUCAUCAAGGAGAGGAAAAUUGGAAAUACAAGGAGCUGAAGAAGAAGGAAGAAAGCAUGGACAAUUUUCUUGAGGCUUUUGAAGAGGUGAAGAAUCAGGAAUUGGAACGAAAGGCCCAAAUAGAAGCAAACAUUGUUGCACUCCUGGAGCACUCAAGCAGGAAUGUGAAUCGUAUGAAACAAAUUUCAUCUGUUACCAAUCAAGAGCUGAAGAUUAUGCAAGAGGACCUCACUUUCAAAUCAAAUGAAAUGCAGAAAUCACAGAGCACUGCGAAGAAUCUGCUUACAGAGAGUCAAAAACUGCAGAUGGACCUACAGAAGAUGGAUCUUUUGGAGGGCAAGAUGGUUGACGAACUGGCUUCUCUUAAAGACAAAAUUGAACAAACAAAAAUGGAGUUGGAGGUCUAUAAUAAUUUGCCGGCUCUGAAGGCAUCAGGUGAAGAGAAGAAACAGAGACUCCAGGAUGACAAAGAAAAGCUAACAAAACGUAGCCAUGCUUUCAAGAAAAUAAUGGAACACUUGAAUGCAGAGUAUGAGACACUAAAGAGGGAGCUGCAAGAGAAUGAGACACAUUCUCAGCUUACGAAUUUGGAGAGGAAGUGGCAGCACCAUGAGCAAAAUAACUUCAUGAUGAAGGAAUUCAUAGCAACAAAAAGUCAGGAGAGUGACUACCAGCCAAUAAUGAAGAACGUGAGAAAGCUGGUCACAGAAUACAACAAAGCUCUCAUAGAAGCUUUACAGAACACCAAGAACUAAACCCAGGCACUUCCUUCCUGUCCCAGUGGACCAACAAUGAGAGAUGUGCACCGGCAGCAUGGAAAACUGGACCUCAUUUGCGCGCCACUGUGCCCAGAGAUAUUCUUAAAAAUAUCUUUCCAGGUUUUUAGAAGCCGUGGCUUUUAAUAUUAUCCCUGCUUUUGCAACAUUUAAAAAUUUUAGGAAAAAACUUUGGUAUUUUAGAAACUUGUAGAAAUAAAAAGGAAAUGCUGCACAAUGAGUGUAAAAUCAUAAUGAUAUUUUACUGAGGCCCGUUGCUGGAUUGCAUCUAAAAUGUGACAUUUCAGGCUGCUUUACACAAUGGAUCUCUUAAUUGUCUUGUAGUCCUAUCCCUGUCAAACAGUAUAGGCAUUUUCCCUGCAUAAGGGCUGCCCAAUAGGCUCUCACAAGCAUUAUCUUAAGUGAAGCGUAUAAUAGGAUAAAUGGUAAUAGCAGCAUAUGAUCCCUAUUUAAAUAGUAAUUUAUAACAAGUAAGGAAAACAUCUAAGGAUAACAAGCAUCCUUUUAAGUCAUUGCUUCAAAGUAUAAAGUUAUACAAUAAAAGCAAAAUAAUUUGGAUCAGUCAACAGGUUGUCUUUUCCCAUUGGAAAACCGAUUAACUUCCUUAUUUUAUAUUUUUAAUGUAAUUAUAAGGAGAGAACUGUGAUAAAAAACAGUGAAACAUAGCUAAUACUGGCCAUGUGCGAGGCAUUUUACUACUGUAAUGUUCACCAAUAAAGGAAAUAAAAGGGAAAAUUAUUUGCA